AUGGCAAUCAAGAUGGCACCCUCUCGCUAUGUGGAUGACAGCGACAGCGACGACCUCCCCGAACUGGAUGCGCUCAUCAACAGACACGUCAAGGGACUACCUGCCCUCAAUGCGCCGAAGCUCACAGCCUCAAAACCGACCGUACCUCAUCUGGUACCUCAGAAACCUGCUGAAAGAACACAAAGAUCCAAGACCGACACGACCAAAACAAAUGCACCCUCAAAGAGCUCGACAAGAGCAAAGACGUCCAGUCAGCAACACACUGAGCUGAAGUCAGCCCCCGAAGCCAGACGAGCAGUACCGGAGCCCAAGCUGCAAUUUAGAGCUCGUGGACAAGCCGCGCUGAAGGAGGCAGAGGCGAAGGCCAAGGAAACAAAGCCAAGAGCAACACCACACAGGAGAGCAAAGCCAGCAUCGCGACGCCUUCCGCGCAUAGAAGACUCGGGGUCGGAAGAAAGCCAUGAAGAGGUGGAAGAGCAGGAUGUAGAAGAGAGCAUAUACUGCGAAAGCGACAAAGAGGAUGAGGUCCCAGUGCUUGCGCCGAGAGCUGUGAACAAGCCUACGAGAAGGCUUGUCCCUGGUCGAAGGAGUCCGGAUCUAGAUUCAAGUGACUCGGACGAGGAUGUCUUCCAUACUCCUCCAAGCAAGCAGUCACAGAAGCCUUCGAAGGAAAGCUUCACUACAAAGACUUCGGACGACCUCACUCAGAAACUGCUUCAAUUGGAUCUUGACGGCUCGGACAAGGAGAACGACAAUCUCGCCAUACUCAAGUUGUAG